GCCUAAAACUCCUCCAGGCUCCAGCUCCCCUUGGUUGCUCCACUCUCUCAGAGGACAAUGGCGAUAGAUCUGGUUUCCCUCUCUUCUUCUUCUUCUUCUUCUUCCUCGCAUUACAGCCCUCAUCUUCCCAAUCAUAAGCUGCUCCUUGAUCCUUUUCUCGUCACAAGAAUAGAACAUGGUUGGUACUGGCCGUUGAAAAUGAUUUCUCAUUAUCAAUGUUAGUGUGGCGGGUACAGAUGUGAAAUGCAAACGGGGGAAGUUACUUGCAGACAUGGCAGACCCUGGUGAUGAAGUACUCAUUGCAAGGGGUGGUCAAGGAUGGGUUAGAAAUUGACAUUUUAAACCCAAAGAAAGAAAUAUAAUUUGCUCUAUUUUAUAAGCAUGAACCUACAUGCCUAUCUCAAUCUGUAUUUCACAAUUUGAUUUGCUUUAUUUUGCUGGCUAGAUAAAAUUUGCUUGAUUUGGUGGCAGAUUAAUUAGUUUGUUAGAGAUGCCAGAAUGCAGAAAAGGUUGCUGACUUUAACCACAAAUGUGAUUAGUCAUGAUAGUGAUAAGUGCAUAACAGCAGAAGCUUAGAGUGAGUGUCAGAUUAAUAACACUUAUAACAUUAACCAUUUUGUUUGUUUCUCAAAGAUCUGUGAUGAAUAUCCCUUCAACAGUGAAAGGAAAAUUAGGGUAAAGAACAUAGAAUUCCUGUUCUGCAGAAAUAUGAUUCUGAUGCAAUGAAGGAUAAACCUGCUUAGGCGUGGGAUUCCUAAAUCAUUUUCUUGCAUAAGGCAUCAACUAGGCUUUCAUUUUUAACUGAAGAAAGUUUAACUAUUGGAGGUGACAAAGCACCUGUUGAGUUACAAAUGAGUUAUGAAGUUGCAGUUAAUUCAUUGUCCACUGAAGUCGGCAAGGCAUAUAUAUCAUCUUCAGAGAUAUCUCAUGAAGAGAAGGAUAAAAUAAUCGAGGACUAUCCUAGGCCUGCUGCUGUUGAAACAUUAUCUUGCAAAUCUUGGCUCGUCAUGUUUUCUUUCUCAUAACUGUAUACUUGCAACCAAAGCCAAUCAAAACUAUUCUUCAAUGUUGUUUUUAACACCUAGACAUAGCCUAUAGGAUGCUUUCGUAAAUUUACCUUUCUUCCAUUUUCAUGCCUCAAAGAAGGAGGGCACCUUUUCAGUAAAUGAAAUAUUUUUUGGUAGGAUGCAUUGUCUAGUAUAAAUUACGUUAGCUAUAUAGACUACCCGGCUAACUUGUUCACUCAUUCACAAGUAUGCAAUUACAGUUGAAUUUCUGUGCGACAGAUCCGCUGGUACUUUUCUCUGACUCCCAGAUGAAGACAGGAUCAAGGAGUGUUAUGGGUUUCUUGAUUUUAGCGGAUGUCUGAUGUCUUAAUUUCAUGUUUUCUUACUCAGGUAUCAAGGUUAUGAGGUUUAUGAACCAAGAGGUGAGUUGUAAAUGUGUUCGCAACCCCAAUGGCCAAUCUGAUCUGGCUUGGACACUAGUUAGCUUGCUAGAAUUUUUGCCUGGGACAAACUCGAGAAACAAUUUAUGCCUCCUUCUAUUGUGGAGUUACCUCAUUGGCUUCCUCAAGAUGCUUUGAUUAACAGAAACAACAUUGUUGCCCUUGCUUUCUUCAGCUUCCUGCACUCGAUCAGUGGAUCUAUAGAAUUUAAUGCUGUACACGUGUCAUAUGUUGACGCACAACCGAGUUGUAAGCUGAGUUCAUAUCCGUCUUGACCCGGAAAUAUUCACUGUACGUACUGAAGGAUCUUCCUCGGGAAACUUCUGGCAGC